AUGGGUCGUGGAGUGGCGACGGUCUCUCAGUGCGACACUCCUGGUGAGUCGUCUGCAGCUGAGAAUGGCACCGCCGCACCCGACUCGGGAUUGUCCAUGGAGCUAGGAGUCCAUAAAGUCAGGAUUGUUAGGGUAGAUCGCACAUAUAGGAAUCUUAGGGUAGAUCGCACAGGCAGGAAUGUUAGGGUAGAUCGCACAGAUAGGAAUGUUAGGGUAGAUCGCAGAGACAGGAAUCUUAGGAUAGAUCGCUCAGACAGGAAUCUUAGGGUAGAUAUCACAGAUAGGAAUCUUAGGGUAGAUCGCACAGACAGGAAUGUUAGGGUAGAUCGCAGAGACAGGAAUCUUAGAAUAGAUCGCAAAGACAGGAAUCUUAGGGUAAAUAUCACAGAUAGGAAUCUUAGGGUAGAUCGCACAGGCAGGAAUGUUAGGGUAGAUCGCACAGACAGGAAUGUUAGGGUAGAUCGCAGAGACAGGAAUCUUAGGAUAGAUCGCUCAGACAGGAAUCUUAGGGUAGAUAUCACAGCUAGGAAUCUUAGGGUAGAUCGCAAAGUCAGGAAUCUUAGGGUAGAUAUCACAGAUAAGAAUCUUAGGGUAGAUCGCACAGACAGGAAUGUUAAGGUAGAUAUCACAGACAGGAAUCUUAGGGUAGAUCGCAGAGACAGGAAUCUUAGAAUAGAUCGCAAAGACAGGAAUCUUAGGGUAGAUAUCACAGCUAGGAAUCUUAGGGUAGAUCGCAAAGACAGGAAUCUUAGGGUAGAUAUCACAGAUAGGAAUCUUAGGGUAGAUCGCACAGACAGGAAUCUUAGGGUAGAUAGCACAGAUAGGAAUGUUGGGGUAGAUCGCACAGAUGGGAAUGUUAGGGUAGAUCGCACAGAUAGGAAUCUUUGGGUAGAUCGCACAGACAGGAAUCUUAGGGUAGAUAGCACAAAUAGGAAUGUUAGGGUAGAUCGCACAGACAGGAAUGUUAGGGUAGAUCGCAUAGAUGGGAAUGUUAGGGUAGAUCGCACAGAUAGGAAUGUUAGGGUAGAUCGCAAUUUUUGCAAACCUCCAGCAUCGCUCUUUCGGACCUUAACGUACUUUAUGUCUGUUACCGUGAAUGACUGA